UGCUCUGUGGGACCAAGAUGAGGCUAUGUGUUCUUAUAAAGAUUUGCAGUCUCAGAAACCCUGGGAAGCAGGUCUGCCCUGCUCAGUUCUGUGGUCACUCAGCUUAAUCGCAUGGGCGUAGCAGAGGUGUUUCUGAAUUGUUUCCUUGAUUCUCUCCCAGCUCCCUGUCUAGGCUAUGAAAAGGACUGGUGGACUGAAGGUCCUUGAGCUAAACAGAUCGGGAGUCUUCCUGGUGUAAAGCACAAUGUCAGUAGCAGGAGUUGCUGCCCAGGAGAUUAGAACCCCAAUCAAAACUGGAUUUCUACAUAAUGGCCAAGCCAUGGGCACGCUGAAGACCUGCUGGGGCAGUCACAGUGAGUUUGAAAAUCAUUUUUUAGCUAUUGAUCCGCUAGCCAUGGCCUACAACCUGAAUCCCACUCAGGAGCACCUAACACCUCUUGGACAUGCUUCAAAAUCUGCUCCGAUGAACGGACAUCACUUUGCAGCAAAUGGGCCAUCCCCCAAGUCCAGCUCGCCUCAUCUUCUCGUCCCCCCGAGUGAACACUUGGGACCACCCGAAGAGGAGCAGGUGGCGUGUGGCUUCAAGAAGCUUUCAGUAAAUGGGGUUUGUGCCUCGACGCCCCCGCAUACCCCCAUCAGAAACUCCCCUUCCUUCUUCCCCUGUGGCGGUCUCUGUGAGCGGGGUUCCAGGCCCCUUCCCCCACUGCCAAACUCUGAGGACCCCGCUCCGGAUGAGGCAGACUGUGAGGUUGAAUUCCUGACCAGCUCUGAUACAGAACUGCUUUUAGGGAACUCGACGCUUGCUGGCUUCAAAUAUGGUGGCCCCGGCAGGCGAAGCUUCAGGGGCUGCGGGCAGAUCAAUUAUGCAUAUUUUGAAACCCCUACUGUUUCAGCAGAAGAUCUCAGCCAUCUACCCGACCAAAAUGAAUGUGUCCAGAAUUCAGAUCCUCCUCCACCUCAAAGCCACCGGAGACUAAGACGAUCUCAUUCGGGACCAGCCGGAUCUUUUAACAAGCCAGCCAUAAGGAUAUCGGGCCACCUACACAGAGCUUCUCCCAACUCUGACGACGACAAACCCGAGGUUCCCCCUAGGGUUCCCAUACCUCCCAGGCCAGUAAAGCCAGAUUACAGAAGGUGGUCAGCAGAAGUUACGUCUAGUACCUACAGUGAUGAAGACAGGCCCCCCAAAGUGCCACCGAGAGAGCCUUUGUCACGGAGUAACUCCCGCACGCCAAGUCCUAAAAGCCUUCCGUCUUACCUCAAUGGGGUCAUGCCCCCUACCCAGAGCUUUGCUCCGGACCCCAAGUAUGUCAGUUACAAAGCUCUGCAAAGACAGCACAGUGAAGGGUCUUCCAACAAGGUUCCUUGCAUCCUGCCCAUUAUUGAAAAUGGGAAGAAAGUUAGUUCAACACAUUAUUACCUACUACCUGAGAAGCCACCGUACCUGGACAAAUAUGAAAAGUUUUUUAGGGAAGUGGAAGAAGCGAAUACCAGCGCCCAGAUCGGCAGUGCGCCCUCCUCUGCCGGCUGCAGCGGCGUUUCCAGCACAAUGCGAGUGGACUCCAAACCCAAAGCGGACGUAGGUGGCCGUGUGAAGCGCAAACACUUAUCCUACGUGGUCUCCCCUUAGACACAGGGUCACAAGGUAGCCGAGGGGACACAGGAGCAAGCGGUUCUCAAAUCACAUUCCAGUGGGACGGAGGUUCCGGACGAAAGCUCGAUGGCAGAGUUGCUGAGCACUCUGUCUCUGGAGAACGGUCGCGAGCGGGUGGGAAGGUGCUGUUACUAGGCUGAGAAUCCCCAUUGUGCUGUUAAUUGGAGCAAGGUCUUUUCAAGUCUAUACUUUAAAGAUGUGAUGUCAGGGAGGGAGGGCUAGGGAAACUUUUAUAUAUGCAUCCAUUAUAUACCUGUAUAUAUAAACUCCUGGUAUAACCAUAGACCAUAGUUGCAGCUUAACCAAGUUAGUUACUACCUUAGAGUAAUAUAUAUUCAGAAAAAUUAAACUCAAGCUGGAGAAAUGACUCUUGAUAGCCUGAAAAUUGAGCAAAUGGAAGAAAAUACAGUGUGGUUUUAGAUCAGAAUCUUUUUUUUUUUUUUUUUUAAUUGGGUUUGGUGUGUUUGAAGAUUUCUGGAUUUGGGGCCUGUUAUAUUUUACUUUUUUUUUUUUUUUUAAAUUUUUUGCCACACAGGCCUUUCCAUGGGUGGCAGGGUGACCAUUCUUUACCAGAACUGUGCCUAUUUAGUUUUGAGGGUUUUUAAUUAUUAUUUUUAAUCACCCCAAGGGCAGGAUGGUUUGGUUGAUGGG